GCUUUUUAUACCAUGUUAGAAUUUGAGGGUUAGGUUAGGGGUCUUAUGGUAUAUAGACUUCUUUUUUCCUUUGUAAGGAGUCUUAUUAUAUAGAUUUGUUAGUUGAAAAAGGAAAUGUGACGUGUUACUACGUCGUGUACAGGGAAUGCGGCACACAUUAAGACACAGCGAGUAUUCCUUUAUAUAGCAAAUUAUGAUUAUGGACGGAUUUAUGGUCUCCAUUCACUUUCACAGUAGUUCAUCAAACCACAGAGAGAAUCUUCUUGUGCUAUAAAUGAGAGAGAGGCCAUGCCAAUGGCAAUGUACGUAGACAAUUACCUAACCUUCUUUUGAAAUGGCAUCGGCGAAGAGCAAGAUCUUGUUCAUUGGCGGAACAGGGUAUAUCGGUAAAUUCAUCGUGGAAGCGAGCGCAAAGGCUGGACACGACACCUUCGUCUUGGUCCGUGAAUCCACUCUUUCCAAUCCGGACAAGGUUAAGAUCAUCGAUGGCUUCAAAUCUCUGGGGGUUAAAAUCGUCCACGGCGAUCUCUUCGACCACCAGAGUCUGCUCAGUGCAAUUAAACUGGUCGACGUUGUGAUUUCGACCGUCGGCCAUGGUCAGUUGCCCGAUCAGGUUAAGAUCAUCACCGCCAUUAAAGAAGCUGGCAAUGUCAAGAGGUUCUUCCCUUCGGAGUUUGGGAACGACGUGGAUCGAGUUCAUGCCGUUGAACCAGCAAAAUCGGCAUUUGAGAUUAAGGCUAAGAUCCGGCGAGCUAUAGAGGCAGAGGGAAUACCGUACACUUAUGUGUCCUCCAACUAUUUCGCUGGUUAUUUUCUUCCUAAUCUCGUCCAAGUUGGUGCCUCUGCUCCACCCAGGGAUAAAGUUGUUAUCUUAGGUGAUGGAACCCCUAAAGCAAUUUUUAACAAGGAAGAAGACAUAGGAAGUUACACUAUAAGAGCUGUGGAGGAUCCAAGGACCUUAAACAAAAUCUUGUACAUAAGGCCACCAGCCAAUAUUUACUCAUUUAAUGAACUUGUGGCAUUAUGGGAGAAAAAGAUUGGUAAAACCCUUGAGAAGGAGUAUGUUCCUGAAGACAAACUCCUCAAGACUAUCCAAGAGUCCCCAAUUCCAAUCAAUGUGAUACUAUCAAUCAACCAUUCUGCUUUUGUGAAAGGAGAUCAUACAAACUUUGAGAUAGAACCCUCGUUUGGAGUGGAAGCUUCACAGCUUUAUCCUGAUGUGAAAUACACUACUGUGGAUGAGUAUCUGAAUCAGUUUGUCUGAUGUUGGAGGUUGAGGGCUAGAGUAGCCACCCCUCCUCUUGUUUCUAUCUUUGAUUAUUCACUAAAUAAGUCAUAAUACACAAGGUGUUGUCUCUGUUUCAGUGUUUGUGUAUGAGAAAAAAAAGGCUGAACAUCUCUUAGUAAUGCAAAUAUUAUCAUUAUCUUGUAUCCAA